AUGAAGCACGGGAUUAAGAAAUCGGAGGAGGGAUUGAGAGAAUUUGUCGCUUCCUCCAGUUUCUCUUUUGAUUCUGGCACAAUUCGGGGUUUUGGACAAGAAAAAAGGUUCAUGAAGAGGAAUCUUUAUCUUCUUGAUUGCUUUGCUAGCCCAUUCUUCUGUAGUAUUGCAGCUAUUGAAUGGUUUUGCCUACACAUGGAGUUGAUUUCAACGUUUGUUUUUGCUUUCUGUCUCGUUCUGUUAGUCAGUUUUCCAUGUAAAGCUAUAGAUCCCAGUAUGGCGGGAUUGGUUGUGACUUAUGGGCAGCCACUACUUUUGAUUGCAUCAUCAUCAUUUCACCUAAAGAAGUCCUCGUCUUUCUUGAUGCCUGGAAGUGCUGGUUUCCCGAGUGUGAAGAUAGUUGUGGUUGGAACUGGUACAGCAAGCAUAUAUGCUGGUUUCACGAGUUUUGAAACAAGUUGUAGAGAAUGUCUUAAAGGAGGUUGCAUCCUUUUCCAGUGGAAGGAAGAUCUUUCCAAGGAACCACAAGUAGAACAAGAAUUGAUGCUUGUGAUGCUUAAUGUCAAUCAAACCACAAGAUCUAAGAACAAACUAAACCAAACCAAUAAUGUGUUGGCUAACACCGAAGAAACACUCAAGAAAUGUCAAUAUGCUCUCAAGCAGCGAGAUUUUAUCAUAGAAGAACAGAAAAAAGCAGCAAGAGAAGAUAAACUAAAUGCGGGUAAUAGAUCAGUUAUAAAUAAAUUUGAGUGUAAACUGGCACAAGAUGUUGGUUCUCUUUCCAACAUGGUGGCUGCUUCUGUAUCUCAACAAAAUGAACAACUUCAAUGCAUUGAAAAAUUCUAUAACAUUUUCAUCAGCAUUAAUGAUCAGGCCAUGGCUGAGUUAAAGAAAAAAGUUUAUGCAUCAAAGAAUUUGUAUAUAUCUCAUAUUGAAGCCUUGGAAAACAUUGUAAGGUUACAUAAGGAAAGUGUUAAUGGAAGUUUAGAAGAUAUUUCAUCCAUGGCUUCUUCCAAUGCUCGUUAUGUUGAAGAACUAUUAGCUGAAGAAUCUGCACAAGGGCGAUCUAUAUUUGAUGUGCUUCAAGGAACAUUAUCAACCCAACGGUGA